UUCUGAAAAAAUUCACAGAGCUCUAUGAAAACAAAAUAAGCAAUUUUUAUUUCUUGAUAUUUUUUGGUAAAGUUGAUAGAAUUCAAGUAAAAAAUUAUUGAAACCAAUAUUCUUGUUAUUAUACCGUCAAAGAUACGGUCGGAAUUCGCUUUUGACAAAAAGAGCGAUUUUCCUAGAAGAAGUGCAUCGCUACAUACGUAUCGUAUCAUUCUUUUGUCGACGAAUGGCUACGCAUUCUCGCACGUCCGAUAGAAAAAACAACCUUGAAAACGCUUAAUCCGUCGGCUCUUAUUAUUUACCUCACUAUUUACGGAGUGUGUUUUUGACGAUAAACCCUAAUAAAUUUUAAAAAUCCGGCCUUCUUUCUUGGGAGAACCGUUUUGUCCUAGGAGAGAGAGAGAGGAGUAAAAUUUUGAGGGUAUAUAUGCGAGGAGAAAACUCCGGUUUCGCAUUUUCCACUGUCAGUUUUCCGUCGUGAGACACGUUACAAUGUCGCGAGUGGGUACAUUAGUGCACGAGUUCAUCGUUACGGCUUCAAACGCCGACGCGAAUAUUGAUAGCGUUCGAUAUUUGACGCGUAUUUCCGCCGAUGACGCGGAAAAUUAUAUUUUAUUUUAUUCUUUCACAUGCGCUUGUAGCAGCACGCUGCUAGCGCUUUGUGCAAGUGCGAGAAAUUUUGGGGUGAUCCGAAAUUAAUGAAUAUAAUCAGAGAAAUUCUGAUGUUUCGACGAGAUUUUGAGGAGAACAUCGAGAACGUGUGGGGUAUUAUCGCCGACGCGAUAUCCUACAACGGAUAAGUUAAAUCAUAUCAAUUUUAUACCAAAAACUAAAACUUUGUAAUUUACGCGAAUUUUUAAGACAAUUAUUGUUUUUAUCGUUUCAUAAGUCCGACUUUCGUAGCCGACGGUACCAGUGAUGGAGAAGCGCUUGAGCUUCUUCCACGGGGUCGUAAACGCCUCGCGGAGGAACCGCCUUACCCGAAUCAGGCGAACGAGACGUCGUCGUCGUUGCUGAACCCAUACAAAACAGCGAAAAUGAUACCGGUGCUAGUGAAACGGUAGCCGUCGCCGCUGCCGGCACGGACGACACCGUCGGCGACGACAAUGACGUCGACGACGAGGAUGACGACAACACCGACGACAACGAUAGCGUCGACAGCGACGACGGUGAUAGAGCCGACAGUGACGACGACGACGACGGCGAUGAUGGCAACGUCGCCGUUGCCAAUGACGCCGACAACGAUGUCAAUGUCGACGAAGACAGGGGCGAGGAAAGUAACGAGGGAGAGGAACGCGACGAUGACAAUGUCGGGGGUAAUGCUGAAAAUGUUUGCCGCUAUCGAGAGCCGCUUUCUUCGGCAAUAUCAGAACCGAGUUACUUGCCGGUUAGCCACCAUUCCGACGAAGGGGAAAAUUGUAUGCCGCAUAUUCCCGACGCGGAAAGAGAAGAGGAAUGGGAAAGAAUACUGUAGGAGUGUAACGCGGAAAUUCCCCCGGAAUUACGAAUUUUUUCUGAUUCCCCGUUAUGGGAUUCUAGUCAGGAAUUAUCGUAUUUCAAUUUAACGCCGGAAGAGUAAAUUCGAACUACAACAAGGAGGCACACGUGGAAGCGUUCUCUCCUCCGAAAUGGAACCGGCGCGAGAGGAGCUUAUGGAGGAAGAAGGAGACGAAGAAAAAGAAGAAGUUCCUCACGAGCGCGGUAAUGUUAAAUUUAAUUAUAUCGAAAUACGGGGAGAAAACGCGCGGCGGUUUAGGAAUUUUCGUAUAUUACGAAAGGCGCGUAUAAAGAUUCUCCCACCCGCCAAAGGCACCGACAUCGCUAAUCAUUUAGAAAAUGCGUUCCGCGAAAUCUAUUCUUACGCCGUUAAUUCCGCUAACGCGAGCGAUUACGUAGGGCUGUCUUUCACCUCGAUGGCUUUAACACGCGGGCCGGCCGGCUUGUCGUUUCGCCUAGUGCGAGACUUGACUUACGAGGAUGUCUGGGGCCUCGUAAGCUCGGUAGCGCAAAGCGCCGAGAGUCACGAUAUUGCGGAACGUUUUUUAAUAACGGUGUACAAUGUCGGGAUGCCUUUGGGGCGAGGGGGAAAAUCGAAUAAAUUAACGCGUGAAAAUAUGGUAAAACGCUCGAUUUUAAAUAUAAGUAAUCGGGAUAAUAUGUGUCUCCCGCGUUCCCUCGUCGUGGCUCGCGUUUAUUGCAAACACAGUAUAGUACGCACUGGCGAACUACAUAAAAAAUGUGAAAAUAUAAGACAUCCAUAUUCCGCGUUGCAAAGAUGUUUGGCGGAAGAAUUAACAAGAAACGCCGGUAUAGUUAUACCUGAGGAAGGAUGCGGCAUCCCGGAGAUCGAGCGUUUUCAGCAGCUUCUCUCACUAGAAAAUAUCGUGAUUGUCGUUUAUAAUUUCAGGAGUUUCGGACGCGGAGUUCCUCCGUUGUAUGACAGACACUCGACGCUCGCCUCUCGUUCUCGUAUAGCCAAGUAUACACUAAACAUAAUGUAUUACGAGCGCUCGCGGCAUUAUAAACGUAUUUUAAAUUUAAAAGCCGCCUCGGCUAGUAUAUAUUAUUGCGUUCCCUGUAACAAAGGUUACCGUCAUGAAACGGGUCAUCGGUGCUCAAAUACGUGUCCGCGAUACCUCGGCGCGCCGCCAUGCGAGAAGCUAGACGCACGAUUAAUCGGCUGCGACGCGUGUAACCGCGUGUUUUACGGCGAGAGCUGUUUCGAACGUCAUCGCGCGCCGAAAUCUUACGCCGGCAGGUCGUAGGUCGAGAUCGAUGAUAACGACGAUAAGGACGAUGCGAGAACAAAUCGGAAGGGCCGCGCCGCAUUUAUAUUUUACGACUUCGAGACGCGGCAAAACGAAAUGCUCGAAGGGUGCGCGAACGUUAAAACCCACGUAGUUACUCUCUGCGUCGCGCAGCAAACGUGCGAAUCUUGUCUGGGAGAGGACGAUAUGGCGUCGCGAUGUCGUUGGUGCGGGGUGCGCGAAUUUGUAUUUCGCGAUGAUCCGGUAAAACAAUUCGUCGAUUUUGCAACGAGAACGACGAAGCGUUUCUCGUGCUUCAUCUGUAUUGCGCACAAUGCGGGGGAGUUCGACUCGCAGUUCAUCCUGCGCUACCUGGUUGAGAGCGGUAGGACGGACGAACCGAAAUUAAUAUUAAACAUAACAAAAAUUGUAUUACUAACCGUGAGACGGACAAAAUUUCUCGAUAGCGUUAAUUACAUGCCUAUGCAGCUGUUGGCGUUACCGAAAGCUUUCGGGCUGAAGGAUUCCGUCGCCAAAGGUGUAUUUCCGCAUUUAUUCAAUACGAUUAAAAAUCAAAAUUAUGUCGGGCCGCUACCGAUAUUGAUUAUUAUUCUCCGGAUACAAUGAAAUCGGACGAACGCGAGCAAUUUUUAACGUGGCACGCGGAAAUGUCGGGCAAAAACGCGAUGUUUAAUUUUCAACAGGAGAUAGUGCGCUAUUGCCGGAACGACGUAGAUAUCCUUCGACGAGCGUGUCUGGCCUAUCGAUAAAUUUUCCUAGACAGUAGAAAUGUGUGUCCGUUCGAAGAAUGCACAACUAUCGCUUCCACGUGUAUGAAAGUUUUUCGCAAAAACUUUUUGCGCGAGAAGGAGAUUGGGAUAAUCCCGCUCGGCGGUUAUAGAGGUGUCAACGCGCAAUCGCGUAAAGCGCUGCAAUGGUUAUUACUGAAGGAGCGUGAGCUCGGACGCGCGAUAAUUCACGCGGCGAGAGGUCGGGAACAGCGUUUAUUGGAAGGCCCGCUCGUCAACGGAUAUUAUGAGACGGAGAAUCUCCGGCAGCGUCACGUGCUGCAAUUUCAUGGCUGUUUUUGGCACGGAUGUCCCAAGUGUUUCCGCGUGAACCGCAACAGACCGCUCUCAACCGUGUCCUGCGAGGAUACAAUCGAAGCACGUUACGAGCGCACACUCGCGAUGACGUGUCGUUUUAAAAAACGGGGGUAUGUCGUUACGGAAAAGUGGGAGUGUAUCUUCGAUCGGGAGCUACGCGAAAAUCGUGAGAUACGCGAAUUUAUUGAGAAACAAUCCCUUCGAACCUCGCGAGGCGUCCUACGGCGGGCGUAAAAUAUCGUCACGCGGUAUGAAGUUACAGGUACAGAGAAGAUACGUAUGUUUUUUGACGUAUGUUCUUUGUACCCGUAUGUGCUGAAGACGGGAGCUUUUCCGCUGUCAUCCGGACAUUUACGUGGGUGAGGAGCGUUGCGCCUUGAUCGGAGCAGGCCCCGAUUUUAACUUUGACGCCGUAGAAGGCCUCAUACGUUGCAGGGUGCUCGCGCCGCGUGAUCUCUUCCAUCCAAUACUCCCUUAUCGUGUUAAUGGAAAAUUGCUAUUCGCGCUUUGUCGCAGCUGCUGCAAGACAUUUUCUCAGACCGCGUGUACGCACGAUGACCCUGUCGAUCGCGAAUUUGAAGGCGCGUGGGUGUCUUGCGAGUUACGCAAAGCUAUUGAAAAAAGUUAUCGCGUCACGAGUGUGAGCGAAAUAUGGAGCUACAAAAUUACGCGAUACGAUCCGGUUACGCGAUGGGGAGGAUUGUUCGCCGAGUAUAUCAACUGUUUUCUGCAGUUGAAACAAGAGGCCAGCGGAUGGCCAAACGAAUGCGCGAAUGACGAAGGCGGCAAGGAACGGUAUCUGCGCGAAUACGAGAAAAUCGAGGGUAUUGUUCUCAAUAGGUCGAAUAUCUCCCCGAAUCCAGGCUUGCGCUCGGUCGCGAAGCUCUGUCUCAACUCUUUCUGGGGUAAAUUCGGCCAACAGUCCAGUACCGAGAUCGUUAGAACGUGGGAGAGUUUUACGGCUCUGCUCACGAGCUCGGAGCACGAAAUAACAGAUGUAUUGCCCGUAAACGACGAAGUGAUAUAUGUUUCAUGGAGAAGCCGUCACACCUUCUCCGCUGACCAGCGUCGCGAUAGCCGCUUACACCACGGCGUUAGCCCGAUUAAAGCUAUGUUCGUAUUUAGAAAAGUUAGAUCGUCGCGUGUUAUAUUACGAUACCGAUUCGUGUAUAUAUUUCAGCACCAAUGAUCCCGACGAGUACAAGCCGCGUACGGGAAAUUUUUUGGGCGACAUGACGGACGAACUCGAGAGUCACGGCCCCAGUAGCUACCAGUACAUCGAGACGUUCGUAUUCGCUGGCCCGAAAUUUUACGUUUACGUCGUUUGCACGAGUAAAGGACGCGCGCGAGAAAUUUGCAAAGUGAAGGGAGUAACCCUGAAUUUUGAAAAUUCUCGCGUGCUUUUAGUUCCAUUAAGUCAUUGUUAUUAGCCGACGAAAAGUUAAAGAGGGGGGAAGAGACGGGCGAGGAUAAAACCGUGAUAAAACUGCGAUUUAGCGCGAUUCGGCGUACCGUAUUUCACGACAUCGUCACAAGAGACGAGACAAAGUCCUGCAUACCUGUAUUACUAAAACGUAUUUUUAACGACAACGGAUACUCCGCACCGUACGGUUACGUUUCCAGCGAAUAGCGAUAUAUAUCGUACCUUUGUUUUACUUAUUUGCAGCGUAAGAUUUUAAAAUUAUUCCUAGGAUAAGAACAGUGUAAAAACUGCGAAAUAUACGGAAUAUACACACCUGUUUACUCCUCCUGUAAAAAGAUAAAUGUAAAUUUUACGCGCUAUACUUUAAAAAUAAGGUAAUAUAUUUUUAUAUGCAACGAAGACGAAUGUAAAAAAUAAAAACUUUUUAAAAUCGA